ACCGUCACAACAUCCCUUGUGGAUUCAAACGGGAGGGAGAACCUUCUCUUCUUCAUGCAAGAACCAGACAGCAGAUACUCGCAGUUUUCCACCACAAUGUGAGGGAACAAAGCCAGAGACAAGCUGCCCUUUUAGAUUGCUUAUAUAAAGCGAAGAUAACACCAGCUGGGUUCAUUUGAGAGAGGACAUCUUGGGAAGAGCUGACGGCGCAGCAACCAGAAUAAGACCGGGAUGAAAAUCUGAAAUACUUAGCCCCUUCCCAUCUCGGAGAUCACUGCAAGAAAUGGUGACUCACAUCAUUUAUCUGCUGGUCAUUUUGGCUCAAGCUAUUGCGGGACCUUGCAACCCAAAUAAAGCAGAUGUAAUUCUAGUAUACUGCUAUCCUAAAACCAUCAUUACCAGAAUUCCAGAAUGUCCUUAUGGAUGGGAGGUUAAUCAGCUGGCACUUGGAGGCGUUUGCUACAAUGGGAUCCACGAUUCAGGAUAUUACCAAUUCACAAUCCCAGACCUGUCACCUAAAAACAAAUCAUACUGUGGGACGCAGUCAGAGUUCAAGAACCCUGUUUAUCACUUCUACAACUCCAUCGUCUCCAACGACACCUCAGUAAUUGUGAAGAGCCAACCUGUGAAUUACUCAUUCACCUGCUCAUACAAUGCCAACUACCUGGUGAACCAGGCUGCCUUUGACCAAAGGGUGGCCACUGUCCAUGUGAAGAACGGCAGCUCUGGCUCCUUUGAGAGUCAGUUGUCCCUCAACUUCUAUUCUAAUGCCAAGUUUUCAAGUAUAAAAGAAGCCCCUUUCAUUGUUGAAACAUCUGAAAUUGGUUCUGACAUAUUUGCUGGAGUGGAAGCUAAAGGCUUAAGUGACAGGUUCAAAGUUGUUCUUAACAACUGCUGGGCAACUCCCUCCUCCGAGUAUUUCUACCAGAUCCACUGGCCUCUGAUCACCAAGGGGUGUGCCUCGGACAGCUCCAUUCUUGUGCACGAGAACGGGAAAACAAAUCGAGCGACAUUCCAGUUCAACGCUUUCCGCUUCGGAAACAUCCCCAAGCUUUCCAAGGUCUGGCUGCACUGUGAGACACAUAUCUGUGACAGUGAGAAGUUCUCCUGCCCAGUGAUGUGUGACAAACGGAAACAGCGCAUGGAACAAACUGGAGGUGUCUUAGUGGCAGAGAUCUCUGUACGCAGCAAAGGCUUACCCAGAUUUUACACAUCAGAUAUCAUCUUGCUCCUACUCUUUGCAAUUGGAUUUCGUGCUGUUUUAUUAUAAAUCACAACCCAGCUGUGUUUCUUACCUUUACCCAAUCUUGUUUGGACCUGAACUUCUUUACUAAAGGUGUUUGUUUUACAAAGUCUCAAAAAUUCCCUGUGCACCAUUUUACCAGAUAAAUAAAACAUUCCAUGAGCUUUGUGCCUUGAAUAUUGGAGAAUCCCACAGCAGAUUUCCCUCUCCCCAGUCCCUUGGCAUUUGAGCCAGUGACAUCCCAAGGGUUAUGUAUUAUACUGACCCCUCCUUUUAAAGAGUUGUGCUGCCCACAGUACCUGUUUAUAUAAGGAACAUAGGGAUAUGCAAAUUCAACAUUUUUCAAUGCCAAAUUCACCUUCAGGGUUCCCCCUCCAUGUCAGUCUCAGUUUGAUACCAAACUCCCCUCUAG